AUGAGUCGUCUCGUGGAUCUCGAUAAGCUGCUUGAUGAUUUCCAAAAACUGGAAUCAGCCUCUAAAAGAUCCGUUAAGCAAUGCGUUACUGUCAACCAAGCAAAACCAAAUGCUGACGGUAAUUAUUCUCUCAUCGAUGUUAACUUCGUCCAUUCCAAACCAUUAGAUGAACCAAAUUCUAUCAAAGUAAUUUCAAGAAAACUGGGUUCGUUGGGUCAAAAAAUUCCAGUUGAACCCACGGGGAAAUGUGAGGCUCCUUUUAAGAAAUCUAGAUCUGCUAAUCGCAAAAUAGCACCACAACCCAAGGAGUACUCUCACGCGAAUCUAAUGAACCUAAAUAUCCCUGUUGAAGAUUCUAACACUGCAGAACUUGGCACCUCAGUCGACCUUGAACGGCGGACUUUUACCCUCGAAGAUGCUACCUUUUCCCAUAUCCUUUCAAUCGAUCCGAACUCUUCUAUGAAUCAACCGAAGGAGUCUUCACAUUGCCCUAGAAGUUCAGUCCCGAAAGAUCUUCGGAUUUCUGGAACUGAAACCGAAAUCGUCCAGGGAACCGUCUCGGAGACGGUUUGUGAUAGUUCGCCUCCUGCUGAAGUCGUAAACGUCAAUGAAGGCUUUUUCCAUAACCUCUUCCCAUUCACAAUGGAAAGUCUCGGGGAGCCGCCUAGAGCACCGGUAGAUCCUCAAAAUACUGCACUCUAUUUGUCGUCAGUCGUUCAAAGCAGCACUUCGACCGUUGGCACGACUGUGGAGGUGCCUGGCGCCCUUCCGCAUGAAAACGGAGACGAGAGCGCAAUAGCCGUAUCAAACGAGAGACACCGGACGUCGCCGUCGUUACCGUCGACAUCAUCAUCAGUACGGCCCCAAUCGAUUCCCCCCUCUCUCAACCCCCCCGAAUGGGCUGCUGACACCAGCUCGACGGUGUGCGUGGCUUGCAACUCGCGUUUUACGAUGAUGCGACGGCGUCAUCACUGUCGCACUUGUGGUCGCCUACUCUGUGCCACUUGCACGCCCCAUCGAGUCCCCCUCCCUCCCUCCUUCUCACAUUCCUCCGCCUACUCCUCCCCCGAGGGCAGCCUUCUUCGACUAGUUUCUGGUUCGAUUGCCACCAGUGACGGUAGCAACAAAGCUCGUCUUCAUCGAGUGUGUAUUCAGUGCUUCCACCAAAUGUUCGGGAGCCCACCUGCUCAGGCUUGUUCACCUCCUACCAUCACCGUGGAGUCGUCCCCCGCUGCAAUGUCUGCAUCCCAGACCCAAGUUCCACCACUAGAAUCGCUCGCCGAGGCGGAGUCAGUCGCACCCCAAACCAUUCCCCAAAGACGUCCCUUGCCUCCAUCACUCGUUGUCAGCAGGCUGAAGGACGACUGCCUCAUUCCAUCAGCGUCAUCGAAGUCCUCUUGGCCACCCUUGGUUAUUGCAACCACUCCUGAGCUAGUUCUCGAAUCUCAGCCUUCAGACGAUCGUGUGAGAGAUCUUCUAGCCACCGAUGGAGGCAUGGUUACCUUUGCCGUGACCCGGAAUCUUCACGUUCUCGUCAGCAUUGUCAGUGGUGACAUCUGGAGUUUCAUUUCUCACGGUCUCUACACUGUAGGGCAAGAAGAAGUCUGUCUUCUACUUCGACAACGAGAGGGUGAAACAAUUCCACCAAUUGAUGCACUGGUGCAGUAUUUUCUCCUCUACGAUCUCGCGUUUUCCCCUUGGUGUUCGGAUUUUCGAACUCCCAUGAGACCCACUACUACUAAUAACACCGCCUUCGUCCCUCCUCUUGACGAGGGCUUCUGUCUCCUGCUUCCCAAUCCAUUUACUGGCCAACAACAGAGACAGCAGCAAUUGUCAUCUUCAACAUGGUUCGAUGGCGCGUGCUGUGAUUUCCUUUACGUCCAUGCCAGUCCACCACAUGCCGAGAGCCUCACAGAUCUCCUUUGCCUCCUCCCCACCCCUCCUUUUCUCAUAGCUCUCAUCCUUCGUCACCCCAACGAGGUUACAUGGGCCACUCGGCAUCCCCUGCGGCUCCUUCUCACCUUGAGUCGGGCCUGUAACGACGCCUUUCCUCUCAUCUCCGACCGCGAUCGAUCACCAGCUUUCUCCAACAAUGAUGCUGCUGCCAGUAGUGUGCUUUCUCUAUGUGAUGGAGGUAGUGGUAGUGGUGCUGUGUGUUGUUUCCACGUGCCUGAGUUGAACAUCCUCGUUUCGGGUCUGGGUGGAAGGGGAGAACUACGACUCCAAUUGCUGUUGCGCCGUUCCGCGCACGAACACGUUCGGCGCGCACUGCGAUCCGUUGGGCACGAGGAAAGCCUACUUUUCGGCCUUACCGGCAAUUUCUGUCCGACCGCUGACUGCCACCUCGCUGUCAGUGAUUCUGCUGCUGGGCUAACCACUGAACUCACGCCUCAUGAUUCUGCAGAUCCUAGCAAAACGGUGGUGGGGGCCUCCUUCGUUCUAAUAGAAGGUGUCGGAGGCUGUAACUCAAGUCUCUCCGUGGUAGAAGACGGUUGUGUCGCACGGCUCACCACCGAACAGUUUAAAGCCCUCCUCACCCAUAUGCGUAACGCCUCUCCUCUUCAACUUCGUAUCGAAACCGCUCAGGGUCUUUCAACAACUUCAUCCUUUAACGGAGGGAUCAUCACAGUGAAUUGGAUUGAUGAGCCCGCUCUAAUUCACUUUACAUCCCUUCACUGUUCCUGGGUCGAUGGUCGAUUAGUGGAACCACGGUGCACCUUCGUAAUUCCACGAGAGCAACAAUUGCGACACUGGUUGAUGCGUCAGGGGUUAUCGGAUGAUGGAAAUGACGAUGUGGUUGUGGAUGUUGGUCCUCGUAUUGCCUGGACACGGCUUCACAACCUGGCUUCCCGUCCGGUUUACGCGGUAGACAAUAGAUCGGGUGAAGUGUUGGACCUUUUUGCGGUCUUCAACGCGGUUGCCGCUACAUCCGUAAAUGCUAUUAAGCUUUUUUGGUCUGGUACGAAUUUGCACAGUCUGUUUGGUGACCCACUCAAUGUCAUUCGCGAACGCAUCCAACCCAGGAAACGGCAUCAUGCCGGAUUGGAGAGUCAAACGACCGUGAAAGCAUUCGACCCUCCACUUAUGGAUCGCGCGCUCUUUCCAUACUCCAGACAACUUCGAAAGGCAAAUCACCGAUCAAUCUCCCUUCGAAUUCUACUUCAACCUCCAAAUACUUUCAAUUUUUUUAUUGGCAGCAAUUCUAGCCCUGGAAGCGGCCACAGACGUACUAAAAGCCUUAUUCCCUCCCCAAAGAACUCGAAUUGGUGGAAAGUAGUCAGUAAUGCGGAGGGGGAAGCCAGCUCCUCUCCUGGUCCCCUUAUUUCCGAUCCAGGUUACGUGAAUGGAUUGGACUCUGCGUUGAUCCCUCUUCUAGAUGGUCUUGUCCAUAAUAUCUCCUGCUCAUGGUUUUUUGACAGUACCUCUGACUCCAAAUUGGUGAUACAGUGUGCAGAAGAUCCAUUGACAGCACCUGGUCUUCUCCUAGAAUUUGACUUUGACCUUCUUGACUGA